GCAGCGCCCACGGCUUAAAUGAGCCUCGUUCGGGAGCAUUUCAUAGUUCAGACACGGACAGAGAGCAGACAGAGACGGACUCUCCUCCUCUUCCUCCUCCGUAGUCUCCCUCCAUCUCUCUCUCACUCUCUUUCCUCUGUAUCUCUCUAUCCAGCAUCCAGCCUCAUGCGUCUUUUGGAUACCUACCUCUCCUAGAGCGCGUCAGCCCCGCUGGAUCAGUCCAUCAUCCUGCACAUGUCACCCCCCACUGUGGUCCCCCUGGAAGCUGUAUUUACAGUGAUGAUGAUGAUGAUGCCUGGCUGAAAGGUUCGCAGCAGUGUUCAUCCUCCAGCCACACGCAGCGGGAUCGCCGACUGAAGAGGAGCUUGGUGCCGCUUCCCCCUCCUGGAGCGUGUCUCCGCGUAAUGGAUUUACUGUUGUCGGAGAAAAGUUGGAUUCCGUGAAGAGCCCAGUGGAACCCUAACAUGGGCAGAAUAGGAGUGCGUUGUUAGAAAAGGUGCUUUUGGGUUGGAAUCACACCGUGAGAGGAAAUGCACAGAGCGUGGAUACUCUUCUUUCUAAUAGAAGAGGGUUUCGCUCUGGCACAGAGAAGUAAAGAUUCCCCAAGCGAGCAUGGCGGCCAGAGCCCUAACCAGAACGACUGUGGCACGUGGGUCCGCAACAUCAAUGGCGGCGUGUUCACAUCGCCCAAUUACCCCACCACCUACCCGCCCAACAAAGAGUGCGUUUACAUCCUGGAAGCUCUCCCUAGACAAAGGAUUCAGUUGGCUUUUGAUAAGAAUUACUACAUUGAGCCAUCAUUUGAGUGCCGCUUCGAUCACAUCGAAAUCCGUGAUGGGCCAUUUGGGUUCUCUCCACUCAUUGAUCGCUUCUGUGGGGGGAGAAACCCAGGCCUGGUUACAUCGACGGGACGUUUCAUGUGGAUCAAGUUCACCAGCGACGAGGAGCUGGAAGGCCUUGGCUUCCGCAUCCAGUACACCUUCAUUGCAGACCCUGAUUUCCAUCUGCACGUGGGCGGACUGCUAAACCCCAUCCCAGAAUGUCAGUUUGAAAUCGGCGGAUGGGAUGGGAUUAUUCGUUCCAGUCAGGUGGAGGAGGAAGAGAAAGUGAAGCCCGGUGACGCUCUGGACUGUAUCUGGACAAUCAAGGCUCCUCCUCAGUCUAAGAUCUACCUGCGCUUCAUGGAGUACCAGAUGGAACACUCUAAUGAGUGCAAGAAGAACUUUGUGGCUGUGUACGAUGGCAGCAGCGCCAUCGAAAACCUCAAGGCCAAGUUCUGUAGCACCGUGGCCAAUGAUGUGAUGCUGGAUAAUGGUGUCGGAGUGGUGAGAAUGUGGGCUGAUGAGAAGAGCCGUCUCAGCCGGUUCCGCAUGCUCUUCACCUCUUUUGUUGACCCCCCCUGUUCAGGCAAUACAUUCUUCUGCCACAGCAACAUGUGUAUUAACAACUCCCUGGUGUGCAAUGGGGUUCAGAACUGCGUGUACCCAUGGGAUGAAAACCACUGCAAAGAGAAGCGAUCUAGUGGGCUUUUUCAUCAGAUCACUAAGACCCAUGGCACUGUCAUUGGUGUCUCAUCAGGCAUAGUUCUGGUUCUUCUUAUCAUCUCCAUCCUGGUCCAGAUGAAGCAGCCAAGGAAAAAGGUUGUAGCACGCCGGCCCGGUGUUUUCAAUAAGGCAGGCUUCCAGGAGGUCUUCGACCCACCCCACUAUGAGCUCUUCUCUCUACGCGACAAAGAGAUCUCAUCAGAUUUAGCUGACCUGUCUGAGGAGCUGGACAGCUUCCACAAGCUGAGGCGCUCGUCCACCAUGUCCCGCUGUGUCCACGAGCACCACUGUGGCUCACAAGCCUCAGUGGCUACUGGCGGCGGCAGUAUGAAGCACAGCCGCACCACCCUGAGCUCUAUGGAGCUGUCCUACCACAAUGACUUCUCCAAGCCACCGCCCAUGAAGACUUUCAACUCCACGGCCAGCUACAAGAAGAGCUGCUACGGCUACAAGCAGCACUCACAGACUCACGACUGCGACCAGCAGGUCAUUGAAGAUCGCGUCACAGAGGAGAUCCCAUGUGAGAUCUAUGGUCGUGGUGGAGGUGGAGUGGGAGGAGGAGCCACAGGUGGAGUAGCAAUGGGAGGAGGAGGGGCAUCCGGCAUUGCAGGAGGAGGGAUUGGAGGAGCAGUGGGGAUAACAGGAGGAGUGGCAAUGGGAGGGGGAAUGGGUAUGGGUAUGGGAGGAGGAGUGGGUAUGGCGGGGCCCAGCGGCAUCGCUGGAGGUAUCGGUGGUGGGAUGGCAGGAGCCUGCGGAACCCUCAGUAUCCGCGGCAACAGCGCUCGUAACAGUACCACCAUAGUUGACCCACAACAGCGCUCCAUGUCCAUGGACUUCUAGGUUGUGAAGGGAGGAAGAAAAGGAGAAAGGGAAUGCAGAAUGAGCUGGUAUUUCACACAUUGGAAGAAGAGAAGACAGGAGAAUCACAGUAAUCUUAAAUUGAUCACUCUUCCAACUUCUGCAUUUGCUUUCAAAGCAGUAUUAAAAGUAACACUUCAGGUUCUUCUCUCAAAGUCUCGUCUGAAGGUUUGGGAAAUUGGCAGACAAAAAUCAAGGAACAAAAGGAGGAAAAAAACAAGAAACUAUUGGUUCUAUUCUUCAAGAUACUUAAGGAUUUCGAGUGAAGAGAGGGUGGAGACAUGUCGUCUCUCCUCCAGUCUUAUACUCAUUUAAUCUCUCCUUUUCAUAAGACACACAUAAGAAGAGGGUUCUCGCAUGCAAGACCCAGACUUCUCUCUGUUGGUAGCCUAGAAGACCAGGUAACCACUCAGAAACAGGGAGAGAAAGACAAAGAGAUGUUACAGACUGAGUUUUUACAUGUAUUCACCUGCCAUGCACAGAUAUAUGAUAUAUAGUGCGUCUUCUAAUAAUUUGAGUCUUUAUUUUUGUCAGUGUACUGUACUGUUAAAACCAGUAUAUAUCCAGCCUCAUGAUGAUGCUUGGCUUUUGACUCUUUAAUCUUUUUUGAAUUUGUUGCUCAGAUGAUUUUAUGAAGAUGACAUAACCAUGAUAUGUGGUGUUGAUGAUGAUGAGGAUGAAGUUGCUGUUGUUGGUGACAGAAAUGUGACGAUGAUGAUGACAAUGAUAAUGAUGUGAUAUUACUAUAAUAAUUAUGUAGUUUUCAUGGUUACCUCACACAUACAAAGAGGGUACGCUCCAUUCAGUCUCUCCUCAGGAAGAGCACAUGAAGAGACUGUCCUAUUUUGGUAAGAAAUUGAGAAAAAAAAAAUAUUUCUGCUCUUUGAGCCUUUAUAGCAUAUGGGCAUUCAGGCUAUGAGUGAUCGUUUAUGGAAUAUGAAAUGUUUGAUUGUGAGACCUGAACUGAAUCAAAAUAGCAACCAUCCCACUCCCAAACCCCCACCCUUACGAGGAAAAGCGUAAUUUCUCAAAUUUUCCAUGAACUGAGAGUGUAAAACAAGCACAACCUGUUUCAGACUGAGACAGACAUGUAGCCUAUAUGGGACUCAUUUAUGAUUUUAACCACUGGUUGUAUAAUUUCAUUCUGUUGAAUUAAAUGAGAGCUUACUCACC